GCCAAAAGUCCUCCUACGACGUGUUGGAAGCGUACGUAUCACACCUCUUCAUUGGCUCCCCCUCACUCCUCUUUUCUCUCGCUCUACGACGCAUCACCCUCGCUGUGCAUCAUGUCCGCUUCCGCCGCCGCGGCGAAGGUCGCCCCGAAGACGCUGAAUCAGUUCCGCAACUUCUCCUACAUUGUGGUCGCCUGGUUCGGCUUCAACAAAGGAUUCCGUGAGAAGUCCGCCAACGACGCCGAAUGGGUCGUACAUCAGCAAAAAGUGCGCCAGCAGAACGUGGAGCGCUACCAGGCCACCCACGCCCUGGCUGAGGCGAAGCGGGAUGCGGAGUUGGAGAAGACGGUGCCGGCGAUGGUGCCGGAGGCGAUGCAUGACCUCUACAAGGAUAUGGAGAAGGCCAUGCAGUAG